AAAGGCAGUGAUCCAAAUUCGUACGCCUGCUCUUCAAAUACUACUCCCCUGUUCCUGCCACAUGGUAUUUUCUUUUGUCUGGCUACGAAGAAGCGUGCGACGCUAAUCACUUACUGGUCGCUGACGUGUCGUGCUCUCGUAUUGUCCAUCAGACGUCUCGGUACCUACUCGCGCAGCUUCGAAAAUAGCUGAAUGGUGUGCUGCGUCUAUGCCAAGCAAGGUCUACGGAGUCAACUUGGGUUCCUGGUUGGUCCUUGAAUCGUGGAUGCUCCCACAAGAAUGGCUCAACAUGGGCGGACAAUCUUGUUCUGAUUGCUCGACAUGCAUUGCUGAUGAAUUCUCUUUUGCUGAGGCUUUUCCGGACACCGUUGAUGCAAUUUUCAAGACCCAUUGGGAGACUUGGUUUAAUCAAACUGAUGUGUCUACUCUGAAGAAUCUCGGCAUAAAUACUGUUCGCAUCCCGCUUGGAUACUGGAUCGUGGAACAGCUGGUCAACCGACAAACAGAAUUUUAUCCUCGCGGAGGUUUGGAGCAGCUCAUACGUGGCUUGGAACAACUACACGCGGCUGGAAUUGUUGCGAUCCUCGAUCACCAUGCUCUUCCCGGAGUGCAGACUCCAAACCAAAUGUUCACUGGGCACUGCACGAGCGACGUGGAGUUUUAUACAUCCCCCAACUACCUACGCGCUUUGACGUGGGCCGGUGUCAUGACCGCUCUUUCUCAUCUUCACCCAGCUUUCGCACCAGUUUUCGCAAUUGAGGCAGUUAACGAACCCAUUAUGGACGCAGCUCAAACACCGGGAUAUGGUGCAUAUCAAGAAAAUUUUGUCACUGUUGUACGUGGAGUAGAGGCCGCUGUGGGAGUCAAGACGCAAGGCUUGGAUAGCCCACAGACUACGGCAAAUGCAUCGCAGGCCAUUCUUGAUUUCGCUUCUGCACAGAGCAACAUUCGUUUCAAUUCCGACGUGAAGACCGCAAUGGGAAAUGCUGCAAGCAUCCUUGAGCAGAUCGCCUCCGAUGAUAACACGCAGUUCAAUCUUAAAGGAUCAGGACAUGGGCAAACGCCCUUGGUCACCAACUUCAUGGAUGUGAACUGGCAGAACGACAAUCCUCCAAACCCUGCCGCCGCUGCAUGGGGGCCGCAGGCCUACGAUAAUCAUCUUUACUACGUUUUUGGCGGUGUCGCAGCCGCAGAUCCUGAGGACUACAUGGUGUCCAUCUGUAAUUUGGGACGUGUCCAGGCUGAUGCAGCGCUCGGAGACAGUCCUCUCUGGUUCGGAGAAUGGGGGCUUCCCACUCAGUUUGACGCUACGGACAUGUUUCUUCAGGAAUGGGCCGAUGCCCAAAAGCUAGCAUAUAGUAAAGGCGCCGGUUGGAUUUUCUGGAACUUCAAAGUAGAGCAUUCUGAGUUGGCAGGAAAUCUCUCCAGGGAAUGGUCUUAUAUAGAUGGUGUCGAGUUUGGUUAUCUUACUAAAGAUCCAUCCACGGUUCAUAACACAAGCGUCUGCGCUCCUUUUGUCACAAGCAGCUAGCUCAAAUAGCAUAUCUCAUUGUAAAGUACUACUUAGCUGGUAUUUACAUGUCACUCGAACGAUUUAUAUUUGUAAUGGAAUUGAGACCAAUUUUUAUACAUGAAUCCAUUCAAGU